GACUAAUGAUAUAAUUAAAAUCCAAAUAAACACGGCGGAUGGGAAGUUAAUUUUAAAAUUGAAAAAAAAAAUACUAGUACCUCUCCAUACACAUACUUCGUCCCUGAUGGACCCGUGAUGGCCAUCUUAACAGUUGCCCGUGAGUCAGUUCUAUGUCUAUUUCCUAAUAUAAAUAUUUUCCUAAUAUUUAUACAUUUUAUAGGUGAAUGAAUAUAUGGUAAAUAUACUGGGCAUAUCUGACUCUACAGACCCAGAGUAUUCCUAUAUGUACGGGAUCAAGAAUGAAAUUCUACAGUUUAGAUCCAUCAUCAAAGAGAGUAAACUAAUGGAUUCUGAUUCCACAAAGGGGCUGUGUGGAGAGAAGCUUGCUGCCGAAUUUUGCAACGUCCAUGAAAUGUGCAUGAAACAUUUUAAAGACGAUGCAGAGGAAGUUUCCAAAACACUCUCCCUCCAAAAGAGACUGAAGCUUAAGCCAAUGAUCAUUUCCAAGAAACAAAAUAUUAUUUCAGAAAAUUUUACAAAAGAAGAAUUAAAAACAAAAAUUGAGGAACCUUCAAUGGGGGAUACAAAGAAAAAAGAAUGGCAGAAGAUUAAGAAGGGAAAAAAGAGGGUAUCAUAAACUUCCUUAAGGAUUUACAGCAGGAAUGACUGCGUGUAGUUAAAACUGAUUUUUUAUACCUUAUGUAUACAUGUACAAUGAAAAAUGACAAUUACCAACUGUCAUCCACCUCAAAAAUCCAUAGAACAAAAUACAAAUUCAAAGCAAAGCAAACAUGGAGCCCUAGAAUGAUAGAGAUGGGAUCGGGUGACUAGUAUGGGUUACUCUAAAAAUUACUAUGACGAAUGCUUUAUGGAACUUUACCUUAGUGAACAUUGUCUCCUUUCUUGCGCCGAACGUUUUGGUGAUAUUAACGGUCUUUUCUUUCCUUGUUGAAUGAUGUUUUCUUUUUUUGUUGUCAAUGGCAACAAAACUGGUUUUACCAGAUUUUGUUAUUUUUUUUCUAUAAAAUAUAUGUUGGACUUA